AUGGCUACCGUCCGUGCUCUCUCACAGUGCCAAGUUGUGGCCGGAGCAGCCACUGCUCUCGGCUUUUCGGACUCUUCUUCCGUGAAGGGCCUGAAGUCGCUCAAUGUCGCACGAUGCCAGUCUCGCGUCGUCGCCAUGGCGACCAAGAAGAAGGUCAACACCUACCUUGACGACUGGAGGAAGGAGUUCAUCGGGUACGGGAUCUUCGUCGAGGAUUCCGAGUCCGCUCCCGUGAACAUCGUGCAGCAGCUGGAGAAGAAGAAGCUUCUCUCGCAGGUCGAGAAGGCCGGUCUGCUCUCCAAGCUCGAGUCCUCCGGUCUCACGCUCUCCAAAAUCGAGGAGCUCGGCCUUCUAUCCAAGGCCGAGUCUCUCGGUCUGCUCAGCCUUGCCGAGAAAUUCGCCACCACCCCCGCCGGUACCUUCGCGUCUGCGUCCCUCCCGCUCCUCGUCGCCGCUAUUGCUGUGCCGGUAUUGGUGCCUGACGACAGCGCUGCUCUUGUGAUUGGCCAGCUCACAGUCGCUACGCUCCUGGCUCUCGCUAGUGUCACAUCUUUCACAUUGUCCAUCAUCCUCGGUAUCCUCCAAGAGUAG